AAGAGAUAAAAAGCAUGUACGUGAAUAUAAUAAUUAUUUUAUAAAAUCUGGACUAUUUCGCGUAUCAAAAAAAAUAUUGGGGAUAAAUUGUUCUAUCUGCUUCGAUUUGAAUUCUUCUUUCUCCUAAUUACUUAAAUAAGUAUUAGCUAUUGGAAGAAUGAGUUAUGAUAAUACCAUGAGAUUCUAUUCCAACACUCGGAUGAAUUCGCGCGAAUGCAUAAGUAUCCACGUGGGGCAAGCCGGCGUUCAAAUGGGGAAUGCAUGUUGGGAACUUUACUGCCUAGAACAUGGAAUUAAUUAUGAUGGUCAAAUGCCAUCCGAUCCAAGUUUUGGAGUAGCCGAUGCCUCUUUCAAUACUUUCUUUUCUGAAACUGAUUCGGGUAAACACGUUCCUAGGGCGCUAUUCGUCGAUUUAGAACCUACGGUUGUUGAUGAGAUACGCACCGGCCCCUACAAGAACCUGUUUCACCCCGAACAAAUGAUAACGGGAAAAGAAGAUGCUGCCAAUAAUUAUGCCCGUGGUCACUAUACGGUCGGGAAGGAAAUAAUCGAUUCUGUAUUAGAUCGAAUUAGGAAAAUGAGUGAACAAUGUCCCGGAUUGCAAGGGUUUUUGGUGUUUCAUAGCUUUGGAGGGGGUACUGGCAGUGGAUUCACAUCCUUACUCAUGGAAAGACUCUCCGUGGAAUACGGUAAAAAGGCCAAAUUAGAGUUCUCUGUUUAUCCUGCUCCUCACAUAUCAACGGCCGUAGUUGAACCCUACAACUCGAUCUUAACCACUCAUACCACUUUAGAGCAUUCCGAUUGUUCGUUUAUGGUAGAUAAUGAAGCCAUAUAUGAUAUUUGUAAGCGAAACCUCAACAUUCAAAGGCCCGGUUACACAAAUCUGAACAGAUUGGUGAGUCAAAUAGUCUCCAGCAUAACUGCUUCCCUCCGAUUUGACGGAGCGCUCAAUGUUGAUUUAACCGAGUUUCAGACCAACCUCGUGCCUUACCCAAGAAUCCAUUUCCCUUUAGCCACUUACGCGCCUAUCCUAUCAGCUGACAGAGCUAGUCACGAAGCAAUCUCGGUCUCAGAAAUAACUAACAUGUGCUUCGAACCCAACAGUCAGCUGGUUAAAUGUGAUCCUAGUCAUGGCAAAUACAUGGCAUGUUGUCUUCUAUAUAGGGGCGACGUAGUUCCAAAAGAUGUGAACGCGGCCAUCGCUGCCAUAAAGAUGAAACGUUCGAUACAAUUCGUCGAUUGGUGUCCAACCGGUUUCAAAGUCGGAAUUAAUUAUCAACCCCCUACAACAGUUCCUAAUGGCGAUCUAGCUGCUGUUCCAAGAGCCGUAUGUAUGCUAAGUAACACAACAGCUAUAGCUGAAGCAUGGAGUCGGCUAGAUCAUAAAUUCGAUCUCAUGUACGCGAAAAGGGCUUUUGUUCAUUGGUAUGUUGGAGAAGGAAUGGAAGAAGGAGAAUUUACUGAAGCUAGGGAAGAUUUAGCGGCUCUUGAAAAAGAUUAUGAAGAAGUAGGUAUCGAUACGUCCGAAUUAGAAAACGCAGCCAACAAUGCAGAAGAUGAAUACUAGUGCUGGGAAAAUUAAAUCCUCUUCUUUGCAAUAUUUAUGUUUAUAAUUCGUUUAUUAUAUGUAAACUUUAGUAAUUUAUAUUUGUAUAUAAAGUUUACUGUAAUGGCUUUGAGUCCUGUAUCCUAUUAUAUGUUCGCUAAACCCAAAUUGCCCAAACAUCGAAUAAUUUAUUGACAUAUAUUAUUUAUAUAUAUAAUUUUAAACCAUGUGAUGUAUUUAUUCUUCUUUUUAUAUUAUAAUUAAUUGUUAAUAUUUUUUAUAUUAAUAAAAAUAAUUGACUGCC